CGCUGGACUGUAGUUCAGACUUAUCUAUGGACCCGGGUUCAAACCCUGCCCGCCCCCAUACCCCGUCGUCCUGCAGGAGGUUUGGACUAGGAAGUAAAUUAUCUUCAACUCUGAAGGAACAUCUGAAACAUGGAAAACAUUUGACAAAUAUGUUUAGAAAUCUAGGUCUAUCAAACUAUAGAUUUGUUAUUAUAGCCACUUUGUUGGGUGUGACAGCUGCAGUGACAACAUGCAAACAAAACUUUGCACUUCAAAAUGGAACAUGUAAACCAUGUCCACCUGGUACCUUCAGUACUCCUCUAAGUAGAUCAUCGUCUUGCCAACAGAUGGACACAGGGAACACAGAUAAACAAAAGGAUAUCUCCGUAUCACAAUCCCUUGAACAAGACAUACAACAGAACCAUGGGGUAAAACUUUGUGCAAGUGGUCAGUUUAGAGACAACGAAACAUGCACACAAUGUCCACCUAGAACCUAUCAAUGGAUGUCUUUGCACAGGAACAACGCCUGUCUUAGCUAUUCUGAAGUUCCUGAAGGCUGUGUGGUCUCCAAAGAAGGAACAGCAUUUCGCAACGUAGAAUGGGAGUGUCCCCCUUCCAAUUCAACUAUCGCAUCAUUAAAGGACACGGCACUCUUGAAUAACGGAAAAAUCUCAACAAAUGAAACGACAGAUUUAUCGACCAAAACUGUGACAUCAACAAGGGUAAAACUUUGUGCAAGUGGUCAGUUUAGAGACAACGAAACAUGCACUCAAUGUCCAACUGGAACCUAUCAAUGGAUGUCUUUGCACAGGAACAACGCCUGUCUUAGCUAUUCUGAAGUUCCUGAAGGCUGUAUGAUCACCAAAGAAGGAACAGCAUUUCGCAACGUAGAAUGGGAGUGUCCCCCUUCCAAUUCAACUAUCGCAUCAUUAAAGGACACGGCACUCUUGAAUAACGGAAAAAUCUCAACAAAUGAAACGACAGAUUUAUCGACCAAAACUGUGACAUCAACAAGUAAUAGAACUUUAGUCAAUGGCUCAAACACUAUGGCGGUUUCAUUAAAUGAUAGAGUCCUUUUAGCAAUCUCUGUAACCUCUGGAAUCUCUGGAAUCGUCCUAUUUGCUUUUUUGAUCAGUAUCAUCGUGUUCGUACGAAAGAGGUUAUACAGGUUAUACAGGUUAUACAGGAAGAGAAGCAAAAAAUGUAACAUACAAAAAGUCGAGGAAGAAGGUGCUCAACUCAAUUCAGCAGACACUUCUAUCGUUUAAUCACGUGACUAGUGACGAAAGCCAUUUGAUUGCUGAAAUAAUAAGUGUUAUUCAGAAGGGUUACAAAUGUGUAACAAAACAAGGCCACUCCUGCGGGUCUGUUACACCCAAUCAUUAAAGUUUGUGAAUGUAGACUAUGGGAUGAAUUAUAAACCAGUACAGCUAAGGAAUGGUAAAAAUUUCUUGUUUUACAAAUGGUUUAAAUGUAUGCUCAUAUUUUAAAUUGUAAGCAAUACUAGGUCUCGCUUUCGAAAAGAACUAGUAACUAUGAAAAUGUAAUGAAGGCGAUAUUGAGAUCAGGUGUACAUAUAUGAACAGUACAUGCGCUGUAAGUCCGUGCUUUAAACGAGCUGCUUAAUUUUGUGAAUUUGUUUAAAAAAUGGAUAAUAUGUACGUGAAUUUCUUCCUCUUGUGUACAUUUCUUUUUGUUAUAUCUUAUCUUAUAAACUGCAGACGUUAGGUAAUUACGUCCUAUCAAUGUGCUCUUCUAGUCGUGCAUUUUAAUUAGAGACUAAACCCGUUUCAUGCUUGAAUUGCUCUAGGGAAAAAGAAAUGGAUCCAGCAUAUAGAAAAAGAAAUGUGCCUUUAUCUCUGACUCUUUCUGAUUAUUAAAACCGUGUUGCUUUUUUUAUAUUUUUGUAUGUGUAAGUUAUAGUUAGUAUUUUAUGUAUGGACUAUUGCUGCUUUACUUUUCUAGUCUAGUGCUCUUAAGUUCUCUAUAUUACCUAGUCAUCAAAUUUAACUCUGCUCUAGCCGAGUUAAUAGGUAUCCAAGUUUAGCCACCUAAUCUACAAAUCUCGAAAUAAGACGACGAACCUACGAACAUAAGCAGUAGACCUUCAGUUCUUCUUGUGCUGAAUCAGUUCACAUGUGUAUCCUAUGUGGCACAGUGCAUUGCAACCGCGACGUGUUCAAAGGUCCGUUGUCACUCCAUAGUUGUCUAAGAACGGUGCUAUCACAAAUUACUGCAGGUACAGGAAAGACUUUCAACUAUAAUGGACACUUUCCUGACACCAUAAAGUGCCUCUGGAUGUACUAGUGCUUCACUUCGCUACUAGCCUAUCCACUAGUUAUAAUCCUUUCCCGUAUUUCUGCUUGGCCUUUUCGUACAAACGUGUAAUAUUCACUCUGGUCCCCACUGCUGAGCGGAAGACGAUAUUUCUCUUCCUCUACUCGGGCUGCUGGCAGCCGCUUUCAUCCCACUGUGAUUUGGUCUUAUUCAUAACGACAUCCAGGUGUGCACUAGAAAUAGUCGUGUCAGAGUAAGAGCAGGGUUUACAAACAGUAUUAUAUACAAAUACUGUCAUGAAUAGUUAAAUUUAAAUUACAUUCCAAAUCGUAGGCGAAAUUUCUUCAAGGGUUCAAAUUUGUGUGUUCCAUGUCACUGAAGUAUAAAGAAGAAAAACAUAAAAUCAAUUUAUGAAAUUUUGUUCUCCAAAAGACCAUUCUUCCUCUAUGCAACUAAUAGAGAGAUUCUUGUCUUCUUUUAGAACGAACGAAUGUAGAAUGAAAGAAAAACAUAAAAAAUACUUUAAAAAAAAACAAAGCUAAUAAGGUAUGUAAUUUUAUAGAAGCUUAUUGUUUUGUUUUUAAAAAAAAAAGCAUUUCUAAAAUUUAUUUUUGUUAAUUAAAUAAGUAAUUUAUAUAAACUUUAUUUAUAAAUUAUUUACAAGCUUUCAAGGGAAAGUGCAAUUCUUUUAUUUAUCUUGUACAAAGCAAUGUAUUUUUCUUUUAAAGUGUCUUGUUCUUAUUUAUAUUGAAUUAAAGGUAAUAGUUUAGAUGCCCAGAUACCUUUACUGACCACCAUGUUGUUUUUAAGCAUAUUUAUCUCCAUUAUUUAUAUUAAACUUUCAAUAACCUUUUUUAAAGAGAUUUUUAAUCUUAUGCUGUCAAGUUAUGAAUUUUUAAGUGUAUUUACUGAAAUGAAGGUCUAAAAAAUGUUAAUAAUAAAUUGAUGAAGUUGUUUCUAUUUUUUUUUCAACAACUUUUUUAAAGAGAGUUUUUUGUUCUUACGCUAUCAUUUUAAAUGAAUUUUAAUAUUAGAUCUAAUAGCUGCUAGAAAGAAAGACAAAACAGCAACAGAAAAAUGUUGGCAAGUAAUUCAAGGGAGAUGUCUGGUAUUAAGCCUUAAAACCAAAAUGGCGUAUUUCCAAUGACAAUAUAUGGUAAUGAGAAAUAAAACUUAAAAAAUAUAUUCGAAAAACUAUUUAUCUCCGAGGAAAUCAAAUUACAUAUUUGUAAUCUGCAUUUUGUUCUGCAUAUUCUUAAAAUAUAAGAGAAACCUGAUUUAGCGUUUCUAGUCACGUAAACUAAUACCGAAUUAAAUACUUAUUGACUUCAAUAAUGUAUGGUCUUGUUAUAAUUAUUGAAAUGUAAGUAAUUACUAAACUAAUAAAACACUAUCAGAAUUUCAGUCAGUGGUAAAACAGAUGCAGACACACGAUUCAAAACCACCGUUUUCUUAUUAUUUGUUCCUUUUGUUUAAUUACAUACACUUUCAAAGCUAUCUAUAUGUAAAUGUACAUAUGCCGUCCUGUCACAAUUUUAACUGCGACCUAACUCUGUGCUGGAAGAUUCUCUGGUUCAAAUGUUUUCUAGUAUCGCUUAGGGACUGCUCUAGACGAGACCAAUCGUUAUAUAAAACAUAAAUACUGAACUUCAACGUUACAAUCUGUUGGCAUUUUGGACCAAUAGCUCCUUGCCACGUGACAUGUCUGUUUUGGUCUAUUGGUCUAAACUGCCCACAGGUUGUGGCUUUGCAGAUCAGUGUUCAUGUCUUAGAUAACGGUUGGUCUCGCUCCAGGUGAGUCUCGUAAACACGUGACAUGGAUGGUUAGAUAAGAUGUUUGACAGGUAGAUGGGACGCUACCAGGCAUUUGGCCAAAUCAGAAAUCCAUGCUUUUCUAGCUAUACCGCUCUGCUGCUGUUAUAUUUUACAUGUCAUUAAAAAAAACUAUAAUUACUUUCUUAGCACAACCAAAUAUUUUUUUAAAAGUGAAUAUUCUAACAGUUGUUUAUUAAUAAAUGUUAAAAGUCUAAAGAUAUAUUUUUUAAAAACUUAGCUUGAUUAUAUGUAUAGAUAUAUACUAUUUCUUAUCCUUAAAGAAAUGUCUUACAAUGUGUGCAUUAAUUGAAUCUAACGUCCAAAUCAAACUUUCACUAGCAAUGCAGAGCAGGCAUAUGGGACGGGUUGGAACACGGAAUCAUCGUGACGAUAGCCCGAAGCGCAUACCACACAAACAGGCAGCCACGACUCUAGAGUGACACGAAUUGUGUUCGUUUGUUUUAUAUCACCGAACAUUUCUACGUAUGUUCAUACUCUUCAACUAUUUUCAUCAAUCUCUAUAGAAUCAUUACAUAAAGGAAGUUGUUCUUAUAGCUGUGGGAAGUCUGAGCUGUAAGUGUAACUUAGAUUUAUUGGUAAACUUUCCCCCUAGUUAAGUGAAGAGUGUUGACUAUGAGGUAACUGAUAACUACGAACUACCACCAAAAGUAAAACACAAUAAGUAGUCUGUCAAGAGCAGGGGUGUGUAAGAUGUGAGAUUGUGUGAGUGUUUGUUUAUUUUAUUAGUUGGUUUGUGAAGUGUUUUUAUCACGGGAUUUUCAAGGGGGGGGGGGACAAUUAGGUUUCUAGCGGUCAGUCUAGCAGUUGGAGAGCUGACCUGAUCUGAGUAGGGUGCUUGUGAUUAUAAUCAGUUUUUAUACCCAGUGAAAGGAGAGGUUAUAUUAUUAUUCUUUCUAUGUGUGUGAACGGACUAUUUGGGGGUAAUAUUAUGUGUGGCAUUGAUAGCCUUUGUCAAAUGAAUCUAGUCUAAGCGCCCUGUAGUAUUAAUUUGGGCACAUUUAGUAUUUCUAGUUAUGCAUUUAAUAUAAUAUGUUUAACUUGCAGUUGGUUGUAAAUAAAUACGAAUGUUAUA